AUGCUUCAAUAUGGAUGGGCCAUGGCUUUUGUAGCCAUUCCAUUCGUUUCAUCAUCUCAAAUUCCACUUCGCAUAUCCCAGGAUUAUUCCGCAAACUCUCACUCUCAGGACUACAAAUUCGACCCCCUCCUUCACUUACCCGGUAUAAGUCCAUAUUUUGAUGCAGUUGGCGCAGGUCUUAAUCACGAAGCACCUCGUCUCUGUGAAGUUACAGCUGCUUCAUAUCUUCUCAGACAUGCAGCAAUCUAUGCAAACGACGACGACUACGAAAUCUACAUCGAACCCUUCUUGAAGAAACUAGAAAGCACAUAUACGGCAACAUCAGGAAAGAAGAGACAUGGAUGGAAGGGUCCCCUCGCAUUCUUCGAAAAAUGGCAGAGUCCCAUUGAUGAUCCAGAAAAUCAAAUGGAACAGAUUACCCCUCAAGGAAUCAAAGACUCGAAGAAAGUUGGCAAACAUCUACUGUCGAGAUAUCCUGAAUUAGUCCCUACAACGAAACGAAUCUACGCGGACAAGAAAUCAAGAACACAAGAUACGGCCAAGGCAUUUAGCAAGGUGUUUCCGCAAAAGGUCGAGAUUGUCGAAAUUGGAACAAAUCGAUCAUCUUUUCAUGCUCAAGUCCCCCAUAAAGCUUGCGAUGCAUUCACCAAAAUUCCUGGAAACGAGGAACAACAAACCUUUCUCGCAAAAUAUGCGCCACCGGUCAUUGCAAGACUCCAGCAAUACUCACCAGUUGAACUCGGGAAUUACGAUAUAAUGGGUCUACAACAGAUGUGUGGAUAUGAAUCUGCCAUCAACGGAAAAGUGUCUAAAAUCUGUGGCGUUUUCACCGAUGAUGAAUGGAUGGCUUAUGAAUAUGCAUGGGAUAUGAAAUAUUCACGUAUGGUGGGCCAUGGUAAUCCUCUUUCGCCUUAUCUUGGAUUCCCAUGGUUAAACACCACGGCGCAAUUAUUUUCUAAAUUCCACGCCCCUCAACAUUCCGACUCCUCGGACCAUGAAAUUCCUGACGAUGACGGUCAAAGAUUUUUCUUAUCCUUUACUCAUCGCGAAGUCCCUCCUUUCAUAGCGACCGCUCUCGGUCUCUUCAAUUCAUCUAAUGCAUUUGCCGAAGAGUUCCCAACCGAUCGUAUCAACUGGUCUCGAUCAUGGAGAAUGUCCGAACUUAUACCAUUUUUGGGCCAUGUCGGUAUUGAGAAGCUUACAUGUAAAGGAUUGAAAGGAGACUCUAGCGAUGUAAGCGACGUGCAGGAAUUCGUGAGAAUCGUGGCAAAUACGGCACCAAGACCAAUUCCAGAGUGUCAAGGAGGACCCGGUGCGAGCUGUGAGUUUGAUCAGUUUGUCGAGAUUGUUAAGAGGGGGUCAGAGAAAUAUAGUGAUUUUAAUGGCGUUUGUAAGAAUAAGAAGGAUGUUCCUAAAGAUGGGUAUUAG